CGCUUUUCAAAAAGUCGCUGUUCCACUGCCAUUAGGCAGCGAGGGCUGAAGGAUAAGUGUGACAGACGUGCUGAUCGGCAACUGUAACGAGAAUGUGACCUCGACGCUGGCUCUAGAGCAGGCAUCGUUAGACCUUCCGAUGGCUGUCUACUCUACCUGAACGUUCAUAUCGGUGAAAACAGACGGAGGUAACCUGCGGGAGAAAGCGCGAUCCAGUCCGCGUUUUCCACAUGCGCGGCUCAUGUAACAAGAGAGAAGUGGAUAAUAGUUGUUGGAUGUCUCUCUCUCUCUUAUGCCAUGCUGGGCCAGAGCGCCUCAGCAGACAUGUAUUUGCCCAUAUCCGGGUUAGAGAGGAAAGCAAAGAAAGUUUCAUUUAAAGCUGAACAAAAAAGUUUCAAUAUGAAAUCGCAUCGGUGGAGAGAGCCCUGUCAGUGAGACGUCGUUGUUUUUUUUUUUUUGAUCGCAGACUUUAGUUCCCGUUUGUCAACGGGUGCUCUUUUUUUUUGUAGAUUUGUAGGACAAGACUUUUUUUCUUUUAAAUUCUUCCCUUUUUUGGUUGCCCUUCUUGGAUGAUCCGCUGAAAUGUUGAAAUGAUCAUGGCCGCGCAAGUAGCGACUGCUCCGGCGACUCAGAAGGCUAAAAAUCCGGGUUUGAGCAGCACUUUGAGUCCAGAUUUGAACUCGGAAGGCAGCGGGCAAGGAUCCGGAUCGAUGCUGGGAGCCGGAGAUGGCUCUGGCAGCAGCAUGAAUAAUGUGGAUCACCAUCGCCACCUCCACCGUCACCACCACCACGCAGCCGAGCUGAACGCGGCCAAUGCAACUUCUGCGAACAGCAAAUCGGACACGAGAGAGAAUGAAGCGGUGGACGCGACCCUAGCCUCGACCAUUUCUUCCACUUCUGCAAGCAUGGAGACAGCUUUAAUAGCGAGUCAUAAACUGAAAAAUAUUGGCGGUGGCGGCGAUCUCCCUCCUUCAGCUCACCCUCACGCACCACCGCAGCCGCCACCUCCUCCGCCGCCACCGUUUAGCCAGUUUCAGCCACACCACCCUCACCACGUCCAAAACAGCAAGACCGGUCAGACACCGUCUGAAUCGGACGGUCCGCAGCAUGGAGGAAAAGAAAAUCUGUUGGGCAACCAGAUGGAGCAACCACCGCCACCAAUGCUGAAUAAAAGUGAGGAGGAGGAAGAAGACGAGGAGGAGAACGUGCCCUGUAGAUCGGGUGAGCCGAUGGGCGGUAGAUAUGAGCAUGCCAGUUUGGGACCCCCGAGCAGCAUCAGCGGACAGAGUGCAGGGGGUAACGGCAGCCUCUCCGACUUUAAUCAUUACUAUAGUAAUGCCAGAGGAGGGCCUUGCUUUGAUCAAUAUGGCGGACAACAAAGCCCCGGGAUGGGGAUAAUGCAUCCCGCAACACCCAGCAGCAUCGAUCCUUUGCAAAACUCCCAUGAAAGCUACCCGAACAGCCAGUUCAAUCAUUACCCGGGCUACAGAGCGAGCUACGGUGGCGCCGGCUAUGGCAUGAUGGGCUCACCGAGGCAAGGGAGCGGCGUUCUGAUGGGCCCCAGCAAAACAUUAGCAAGCUCCGCUACCCCAACUCCCGGGAACACCCGUGGUGUGGGCUUCCAAAGGUUCACAGGACAGAUUAGACAACACCCGUCAGGGGCCACUCCGACUCUAAACCAACUUCUGACGGCCCCCAGUCCCAUGAUGAGGGGUUACAGCGCAGCUUACUCAGAGUAUAAUCACCCCAGUGCCCAGGCACCACCACCGCCAUCCCAGCAGCAUCACACUGGCAUUGGGCUGUGCAAAGACAUGGCCAGUCAGUACGGACCUGCAGCCCCAGGAUGGGGAGGACAACAGAGAAGCCACCCCGCUGCCAGCGCAGGAAAUACUGGACAAGCGAUGAGUCGAUCGCAGGCAAAUCAAAUGGAGCCAAUGGCAAUGAAGCGACCGCAGCUGUUUGGGAUGAGCAGUGGUCCUUAUUCGCAGACUCAGCAGGGUGGCUCCUAUCCAGGGCAGCCCUACGCAUCCCCUUCUCCUCACAGAUACCAAAUGGCAAUGCAUGGACACAGUCAAGGAGGAAUGGGCGGAAUGCACUUCUCUCAGCAGCAGAUGCCUACACAGUACAGCCAGCAAGGUGUGAGUGGGUACUGCCAGCAAAGCCAACAGACUUAUUACAGCCAACCCCAACAACCUGUGGCUCCAACACAACCUUCAUAUAUGCAGCAGAGAAUUCCACCUCAGCAGGAUAUAUCUCAGGAAGGUUAUGGAAACCGGAGUCAAACGUCUGUGACACCAGGAAAGACAAAUCAUGAGGAGAUGAACCUGAUGCAGCAGGAUCGGCCUUCCAGUUUGCCGGACUUGUCUGGGUCAAUUGAUGACUUGCCUACAGGAACCGAGGCCACCCUGAGCUCUGCUGUCAGUGCCUCUGGCUCCACAAGCAGUCAGGGGGAACAAAGCAAUCCAGCACAGUCUCCAUUCUCACCCCAUGCAUCACCACAUCUUUCCAGCAUGCGCAGCGGCCCCUCACCAUCUCCAGUGGGCUCUCCUGUGGGGAGUAAUCAGUCCAGGUCGGGGCCCAUUUCCCCAGCAAGCGUUUCAGGUAGCCAGAUGGCUCCACAGACACCAGGAAACCAAUCAGAUGCCGGAUCUCAUUCCACACUCAGUCAGUCCCCAAUGUCUCAGGAGAGAGGUUUUAUGCCUGGCAUACAGCGGAGCACUCCCAUGACCCAGUAUGGCUCACAACAGACUGGACCAUCAAUGUCACCGCAUCCAUCCCCUGGAGGGUCCAUGCACCCUGGAAUAGGCACAUACCAGCAGGGUAGCUCUGGAAACGCAUAUGGACCACAGAGUGGACAGUACGGACCCCAAGGUAACUACCCAAGGCCACCUAGUUAUGGAGGAGUUCCUAGUGGCAAUUACAGUGGACCAGGACCAGGCAUGAGCAACAGUUUGGGUAUGAAUGCCAGCAGCCCCAUGCAUGGGCAGGGUCCUGGGCAGCCAUGUGGCUCUAUGCCCAUAGGUCGAGGGCCUGCCUCUGGAAUGGUCAGCAGAUCAUACGCAGGGAAUGUGAGCAAUGUAGCACCCAGCUCUCCAAACAUGCCUCAGCAAGCAGGCCCAGGGAUGGGCCCACCUAUGCCCAGCAUCAACCGAAAAGCACAGGAGGCCGCCGAGGCUGUCAUGCAUGCUGCUGCAAGUUCCACACAAAGCAGGCAAAGCAACUACUCAAGCAUGAAUCAAAGUGGAAUGAUGGCCUCAAAUUCACCUUAUAGCCAGUCCAUAAAUAACAACUCUGGAAUGAUGAAUCCUCAGACUCCUCACUACAACCUCCCCACAGGAAUGGUCAACAGCUCUGCCGGUCCCAUUGGUCUCCCUGGAGAUGGAACAGGUAGUGACUGCAAACCUUUGAAAUCAGACAUAAAAGAGGACACCAUUCUACCCUCAGAAGCCAAAUAUAAGGAUAGCUACAGCUCUCAGGGUUUUUCACAGCCCCCCAUCCCUGGCAAUCUAGCAGUCCCUUCCCCCCUGUCCCCCAGCACUGCUAGCAUCUCCUCAUUUCAUGGAGAUGAAAGUGAUAACAUAAACAGCCCAGGCUGGCCAAAGACUUCGUCGAGCCCUAAGUCCUGUUCGUCUUUUAUAAGCAAUGAGAAGAUCACCAAACUCUAUGAUAUGGGCAAUGAGCCAGAACGCAGAAUGUGGGUGGACCGUUACCUGUCUUUUAUGGAGGAGAGGGGGACCGUUGUUCUCCAUCUUCCUCUUGUUGGGAAAAAACCACUAGACCUGUGUCGACUCUAUCUUUCAGUUAGAGAUAUAGGAGGCCUGGCCCAGGUUAACAAAAACAAGAAGUGGAGGGAACUGGCCAGCAAUCUUAACGUGGGGACGUCAAGCAGCUCUGCCAGCUCCCUAAAGAAACAGUAUAUCCAAUACCUGUUUGCUUUUGAAUGUAAGGUUGAGAGAGGAGAGGAGCCUCCACCUGAAAUAUUUGCUGUGGGUGACAACAAGAAACAGCCCAAACUACAACCACCUUCACCAGGAAACACAGAAGCCUUCAUGCCACCUUCACAGUUAUCCAACAGUGGAAUGCAGGACAUGUAUAGUCGGACCCCGUCUGGGGGACUGUCUGCUCUGGGGAUAGGUCAACGUCAGCAAUACCUUUACAGUCCUGGUUAUGACCGGAGCCUUAGGCCAGACCAUGGAAUGGGCCCAGAUGGCAGUAUGGGACCACCAGGAGGUCAGAAUAAUAUGGCUGCUUCUAAUAGUGAUCCCAGCAUGUAUUCUCCUAACCGAUACCAUGGCCAACAAAGACAUGAGCCAUAUGGACAACAGUAUCCUGUCCAGGGGCAGCCUUCAACCCAGAUGCCAUAUGGAUCUCAUCAGACGGGGAUGUUUCCUCACCAGCAGGGUUAUAAACGGCCUAUGGAUGGCUUGUAUGGCCUCCCUGCCAAGCGCCACGAAGGAGAUAUCUACAACGUGCAGUACGGAAACCAACAGCCAGAGAUGUAUGGCCAGUAUGGCAGCAGCUACUCAGGGCCAGAUCGGCGACCCUUGCAAUCACAGUAUUCAUAUCCUUACAACCGUGAUAGGAUGCAGACACCAGGUCCAGCUCCCACAGCUCAGCAUGGAAUGCCAUCUCAGAUGAUGAGUGGCCCCCUGCAGCAGUGCUCCACCACAAACUCUGCUGAAGCUCCUCAGCAAAAUGUUUGGCCUUCCAGGAUGGAUAUGACAUACCCAUAUUCAAAUCGGCAAGGACCAGGUGGACCCUCUCAAGGUUCUCCUUACCACAGUAUGGGCAGAGGGGAGGAGAUAAUGGUGCCUGAACAGAGGCUGAACUCCGAUGGCCAGUGGUCAAACCAUGUCAACCAGCGGCAAUCAUCUUAUUUGCCUCCAUCCUCUGCCCCACUUGCACCCAUGACCACACGAUCAUCCCAGUCGUCGUACCAAUCACCACCAAACAUGCCAAAUCACAUUUCACGAGCUCCCAGCCCUGCAUCUUUUCAACGUUCUUUGGAUGCCCACAUGUCACCCAGUAAGUCACCCUUCAUCUCAGCAAAAAUGCAGAAGAUUGGCCCUCCUGUUCCAACUUCACAGGUCUCUGGACCUCCUGUUCAGCCCUCACCUGCUCCAAGACAGGAAAUUACAUUUCCUCUGGGAUCUGUAGAAGCCACUCCACCCAUUCUAAAGUCAAAGCGCAAGUUAACAUCCAAGGAUACUGGAACACCAGAGGCAUGGCGUGUAAUGAUGUCUCUGAAGUCUGGCCUACUUGCUGAAAGUACAUGGGCGCUGGACACUAUUAACAUUCUUCUGUAUGAUGAUAGCACUAUUGCCUCAUUUAAUCUCUCUCAGUUGCCUGGAUUCCUAGAGCUAUUGGUGGAAUAUUUCAGAAGAUGCCUGAUUGAAAUCUUUGGUAUUCUUCAAGAGUAUGAAGUUGGUGCGUCAGAUCUACAAACUGUUUCUGAAACUGUUAAUGAUGUAAAGGAAAGUCUAUUCUACCCUGUCAGCAAUGGAAUCACAGAAGACAGUGAAAGUGAAGGACAUAAAAAAAUAUACUGCUUGGGAAAGCCAGACACAUCCAAAUCAGAGGAGGUUGAGGAAGAGGAAAACCAAGAUGGUGAUAGUGGAAUAGAUAGUGAAGAACAAACAUGCGAGAAGCCUGAGGAAACCCCAAAGCAGGCCAGCAAAUUUGACAAGCUACCACUGAAGGUGGUACACCGAGAGGAUGACUUUGUGGUGGACUGCUCAGACCAGCUGGGACAAGUAGAAAACUUUCAUAGCAGCCUCCUCCUUUGGCAGAUUGGUGGAGGUGAUUCCACAAAACACAUCCAGACCCAUUUUGAAUGUAAAAUGGAUUUGUUUACUAGGACAAGCUACAUAAGUCCCGAAGCAAAUUUAAACUCUGAACAGAGGGAUAGCCAAGCUGACCAUCAAGAGCCAGAGAAGCACAUAGUAAAGAGUAUUAUGGCAACCAUUGAUGAUAUGUUGAAUACCCAUUCUGGACAACUGCAAGAGGAAACCACAAGUUCUCCCACUCAUUCUAGUAAUUUUCCAUUUGGCGUCUACCAAACCAAGAAUCACAAAAAUAUCAACGUUUUGGAGGAUGAACCGAAAGGUCAUGAUGAGGGUCCACUGUUCACCAUUUUAGACUGGCAGGAGUCGCUGGCAAAGCGCUGUAUGUGUGUAUCCAACAUUGUGCGGAACUUAUCGUUUGUGCCUGGUAAUGAUGCAGAGAUGGCUAAGCAUCCUGGGCUUGUCCUUAUUUUAGGAAAACUAGUUCUGUUACACCAUGGACAUCCUGAAAGAAAGCGAGCCUUUGAAAAGGAAGAGGAGAAAUUUAAGGGGUUGUCGUGCAGUAAGAAUGAAUGGUGGUGGGACUGCCUGCAGGUCCUACGAGAAAACACAUUAGUCACUUUGGCUAACAUUGCUGGGCAGCUAGACCUAUCUGCUUAUUCCGAAAAUAUCUGCUUGCCUAUCAUUGAUGGUCUCCUCCACUGGAUGGUAUGUCCUUCAGCUGAGGCGCAAGACCCCUUUCCCACAGUGGGCAUAAACUCUGCUCUAACUCCCCAGAGACUUGUCCUUGAGACACUUUGCAAGCUUAGCAUUCAUGAUAGCAAUGUGGACCUUAUUCUUGCCACCCCCCCAUUUAGUCGACAAGAGAAGCUUUACUCUACCUUGGUUCGAUAUGUAGGGGACCGGAAGAAUCAAGUGUACCGAGAAAUGUCAGUGGCAAUUUUGUCUAACCUUGCCCAAGGGGACAUGUUAGCAUCCCGUGCUAUUGCUGUACAGAAGGGAAGCAUUGGGAACUUAAUUAGCUUUUUGGAGGAUGGAGUUACAAUGGCUCAGUACCAACAAAGCCAGCACAACCUCCUGCAAAUGCAGCACUCGCAUAUGGAUCCACCAAGCAUUAAUAUGAUGUGCCGAGCAGCCAGAGCACUUUUGGCCAUGGCUAAAUUAGAGGAGAACCGCUCCGAGUUUCUUCUGUAUGAAAGCCGGCUGCUUGACAUUUCCAUAUCUUCAGUUCUGAACUCUAUAGUGGCGUCCACUGUUUGUGAAGUACUCUUUCAGAUUGGGCGCUUAUGACAGAAGUGGUAGGGCCAAGCAUGUGUGAGAAGAGACAUGGGGGAAAAGGUCACAUAUAAUUGGCUGUUUAUAUUUUUUAUUUAAAUGAGAUAAAGUAGUAGUAAUAAUAAUAAUAAUAAUAAUAAUAAUAAUAUAGAUGAGUAUUUGCUCCUCUGCCCCAUUCGGCACAUUUGGAAUUAAAAAUGAUUUUAAUAUGUGUGAUCAUCGGUGUUUGUGUGUUUGUAUGUUUUGUUUUCUUUUUCUGUAUUUUUGUUUAACUUUUUUUAAAGCCAAAGUUCCUAAUGAGUAUUUAUAUGAAUUCUUCUUAUUUUGUUCUUUAUAGCUGUGUUGGAAAAUUUAACAAUUUUAAGAGGUUUUUUUUUUUUUGCUUGUUUUUUAUUGUGAGCCCUCCUAAGUUAAAGGUAUUGCGAAAUGUCACUGGUAAAAUUGUCAUGUUAAAUGAAUAAAAUAAUCACUUGUUUCAUUACUGAAUUCAAAAGAAAUACUAUAAGUCAACACCUGAUGUGUCAUCAAAAGCUGAGGAUCCUUUUUUCUAACGUUCUAGACAAUAUGAGUGAUUUUAAUGUUUUAUAGUAAAAACCUUUUACCAGUAGGGUACAGUAUUGUCCCAUCUUCUCAACAAUACAAUGUUACUACUAUGUCAAAUUCAAUUCCUGCAUUUUACCUACUCUUACGGAAAGUCUUCAGCAGUUUUGUUUUUCAUUUUAUAUGUUUUUUUAAAAUAAUUAUAUAUAUAUAGGCCAUGAUGUAUAUAGAAGUUGUAUAUUGAAAAUGCCCCUGGCCUUUUUUAUAUAUUUGCUUGUUCCUUGGGUUGUUAAUUUGUGUGUGUUUCUUUUGCUUUCAACUUUGUUUUGUUACAGUUAUUUUUUUAUAAGGUGACUUAAAUGGUAUAGUUCUCAUUAUUAUUAUUAUUGUUAUUAUUAUUAUUAUUAAUAUUUUAUUUGGGCCAUAUCUCCUACUUGAGGGUAUUGUAAAAGUUUCUGUAUGUAAAAAGUCAUGCUCCAUUUCUGGGAGAGCAGCUGAUAUCCACAAUUGCUUCAUUGUCAAGGAAAGAAAGAAGUGGUUAUUUACCACAAGAAAUGGUUACAUAAAAAAUAACUAAAAACAAAAUGCUGAGAUUUGGUUUCAGUGACGCAAAUCAGCAUAUUUGUAUUUCAGAUAAUGUAGGUAUCAGACACAAGAAUUGAUGUAAAUUCCUCUCUUUCCUCUGAUUUUAAUGAAUAUCAUUUAUGCAGCAUCUGUUCUUUCUACUAUAUGUUCCACAUGUUAAGAAUAAAUGUACAUUAAAUCUUGUUAA